CAUUGAAUAUUUUCCAAUAUUUUCUAAGAAGCCCCUGACGAUGACAUAAUUUUGCUCGAUCCAAAACAUCUAACGCGCCGUUUUGGUAUUUCAUUGCUGUACCCUGGAUGGCUAAAUGCCUAGGCGUUGUUGUCUAAACCGAUUCGUUUCAAGAGCAGUGGCUCGUCACCUCCAUUGAAGAUCGAUCGAGUUGAGCUUGAGGAGGACGUAGAUACAAAGCUUCUUGUGGAGAUGGAUCUUUACUUCCUUUCCGAAUGAGACUGACACUGAAAUCUGAGUCAAAGGAGCAAGAGAGAGUACUAUGCGGUAAUGGAAAUAACCAGGAGGAAGUCCUCAAAACGAUCGGCUCAAAACCAAAUUCCAAAUGAAUGGCAAGAAUUUCCAUACGAGACCUAUUUCGCUUCAGGAACUCCAGACCUAUUAUUCAUUCCCAUCCAUUCUCUUCAUCUGUUGCCCCAGAAGUUUCCAUUGAUGCCUCAAAAUCAUCUCAGCGCCGCAAUUGGUUUGCUCUUCUCGACGCCUCUCGCAGCGUGUUCCAGGUAUCUAAAAUCCAUGCCAAUUUGAUUACAUUAGGUCGGUUUGACUCGUUUUGGGCCAGGAAAAUUCUCAAGCUAUACUGGGAUUUUGGCCAUCUUGAUUAUACUAUAUUGAUUUUAAAGUUUAUAGAUUUUCCGGGAACUUUUUGUAUUAACACAGUUUUGAAGGCUUACUCUUUGGGUUUGAAUCCGAGCCAAGCUGUAAUUUUCUAUUUUGAAUGGUUGGGGGAAGGGUUCUGUCCCAAUGGCCACACUUUUGUACCUCUUGUUGGGUCUUGUGCGAAGAUGGGUUGCGUUAAAACUGGACGGAAGUGCCAUGGGCAGGCGGUCAAGAAUGGGGUUGAUACUGUGCUGCAAGUUCAAAACUCUUUGAUUCAUAUGUAUGUGUGCUGUGAGAGAGUGGAACUUGCUUAUAAGGUGUUUGAUGAAAUGUCUACGAGAGAUGUGGUGUCUUGGAAUUCUCUCGUUGAUGGGUAUGCGAGACAUGGUUUUAUGGAUGUUGCUCAUCGAAUAUUUGACGCUAUGCCUGAGAGAAAUGUGGCAUCUUGGAAUGCGAUCACUAGUGGGUAUUUGAAGAGUGGAAUUCCGGGUUGUGUGUUGAAGCUAUAUAGGCUGCUGGUGAAAACCGGAAUGAGAGGAAACAAUACUACCAUGGUGAAUGUGCUCACUGCUUGUGGUCGAUCAGCUAGACUGAAAGAAGGAAGAUCUGUUCAUGGAUUUCUAAUCAGGACUGCCUUUUCGAAAUCAAGCUUAUUCAUCGGCACAGCUUUAAUUGAUAUGUAUAGUAAAUGUCAAAGAGUGAAAGUGGCUAGUAUAGUGUUUGACAGCAUGCCAGAAAAGAAUUUGGUUUGCUGGAAUGCAAUGAUCUUGGGACACUGCAUUCAGGGAAAUCCUGAAGAUGGUAUUAAUCUGUACCACAGAUUGGUGGGCAAAGGAAGAUUAAAAGAUGGAGAAAGCAAACCAAUUAAGAGUGCAAGGAUUGACCAAGGUCAAGGAGAAAUACUACCCGAUGCAAUCACUUUUAUCGGUGUUCUUUGUGCUUGUGCCCGUGAUAGACUGUUAGAAGAAGGGAGAGGUUACUUUCAAGAAAUGACUAACAUAUUUAGUAUAAAGCCCAAUUUUGCUCAUUAUUGGUGUUUGGCUAAUAUUUUUGUAGGUGUUGGCCUUGUAAAGCCAGCAGAGGAGAUCAUUAGGAACAUUCCACAGCAUAUUGUGGACGAGUCAUCGGAUUCAUUGAUUUGGGCCAAUUUGCUCAGUUCAUGUCGCUUUGAAGGAGAUUUUUGGUUUGGGGAACAAAUUGCAAAAUCCGGCAUUGACAGGGAACCUCAGAAUCUGUCAUACUAUCGAUUGCUGCUGAAUUUAUAUGCCACGGCAGGUAGAUGGGAAGAAGUUGCCAGGGUGAAAGAAAUGGUGAAGGAAAAAAUAGUGGGCAGAAUGCCAGGGUGCAAUCUUGUAGACUUGAAAGAGAUAGUUCACAAUCCAAGACGAGAGGAACAUUGGCAAGUGCAUAAUAUUCCUUUGGAUCAAAAUCUAAGGCUGUUGAUCACUUGAAGAGAACAGCCAUUUAGUUAGAUGAUCCUGGCUUUACUUUUAUGCAAAUUGGCAUCCAUACUUCAUAUUGGAGCGUCCUCCGUCAACAGGGCCGCCAAUGCGCUUCUUGUGAAGGCAAAUGUUAUGCUGACAAUGACGAAGAAUGAUAAAACUGAACGGUGUGAAUUUGAUGAAAAUAGGUCAAGUUAACUCAACUUCUCCGAAUUCCAAAUUUCGAAACUUUUUUUUUGUGUGAAAGUUAAUGUUAUUUGUUGAACUGAAAUAAUCACAUAAAAAUGUCGGUCAUUUUGCCGAAAAAAAUGUUUUUUUUUUCUUUCAAUUUUAAUUAUAUAUAUUUUUACACUGUA